AUGCUGGCGAAGUACCUUGUGCGUUGGCCAUUCGAGGUCGGCUGUCUGUUGGCGGUGCUCGAUUUAAUCUCAGAGCACUGUGUUGUGUUUGUGGUGAGCACCAGUGGCCAGGGCCAGAUGCCGUCCAGUAUACGUCAGAACUGGAAGAUUUUGUGCUCCAGAUCGCUGCCCAGUAAUUUAUUGCAAAAUGUUCACGCUGCCGUUCUCGGCCUUGGUGAUUCAAGCUAUCAAAAAUACAACUUCGCCGGCAAGAAGCUUUAUAGAAGGCUCACCCAGCUGGGAGCGCUGUUUCUGACCGAACUGGGGCUUGCCGAUGAUCAGCACGAGUUAGGCAUCGAAGGCGUGUAUGAGCCGUUCCGGGACGAAUUGUUUAGACGAAUCUGGACAGUGGGAUUAUUCCAGGAUAUGAUUAUAAAUCCGGACGAUAGCAAAUGUUUGCCACCGCGUUACCAAAUUGCGUACACUGAGGAUUGUUCGAUCUCUGCAGACUUUGAUCUUGAGCGCCUAAUGGAGUCAGUUGUUGUGAGCAAUGUGCGGCUCACAUCCCAAAAUCACUUCCAGAUCGCCUUCGAAGCGUUAGGUUACGACGACAGCUUAUUAGACAGGCAUUUAAAAUUGCGCCCAACAGAAGCAGGAUUUCAGUUACCGCCGUCGUAUCUUUUCAGAGGUAUGCCAAUGUGUGGGAUGUUUGUAGAUGGUGUUACUUUACGACGAUGUUUCGAGCGCUAUUUUGAUUUACAAAUGGUCCCGCGAAAAUCGUUUUUUCGAACUCUUUGGAGACUGUCAACAGUAGAACACGAGAAGGAAAGACUUCUGGAGCUAGCAAAAAAUAUUAUCGCCUUCGAAGCAUUAGGUUACGACGACAGCUUAUUAGACAGGCAUUUAAAAUUGCGCCCAACAGAAGCGGGAUUUCAAUUACCGCCGUCGUAUCUUUUCAGAGAUGGUGUUACUUUACGACGAUGUUUCGAGCGCUAUUUUGAUUUACAAAUGGUUCCGCGAAAAUCAUUUUUUCGAACUCUUUGGAGGCUGUCAACAGUAGAACACGAGAAGGAAAGACUUCUGGAGCUAGCAAAAAAUAUCGACGAAUAUAUGGAUUAUUGUUGGAGGCCAAGGCGAACUACAGCUGAAACGCUGAGAGAUUUUCAAGCAACGGCACGAAAUAUCCCAAUAGAAAUGCUUUUUGAUGUCUUCUCACCAAUUCAUCAACGAGCAUUCAGUAUUGCCUCGUGUCCAGUGACACACGAAAAUGUUCACUUGCUUGUUGCUAAGGUUGAGUACAGAUCAAAGCGUAUGGCCACUCCGCGUUUGGGUUUAUGUAGCAAUUAUUUGAGUCGUCUUUGUGUUGGUGAUACUCUUUUGGCCAGAGUUCGUCCUGGCACUUUCAGGGAAUUACAUGGAGAAAAGGAAAAUUCCAUGUUGUUUUUUGGAUGUCGCAGCGAAGAGAAAGAUUUCUACUUUAGAAAAGAGUGGCACGUGCUGAGCGAUGCCCGUGUUAUCACAGCGUUUAGCAGAGACCAACAAAACAAGAUUUAUGUACAACACCGGAUUGAAGAACAUGACGAUGAAGUGUGGCAUCUGUUGAAUAACGUCAACGGCCAUAUCUUCAUAGCGGGCAGAGCUGGUGAUAUGCCGCGUGAAGUGACAGAAUGUGUACAGAAAAUCGCAACUGAAAAAGGGAGUGAAGACUGCAAGAAAUUCAUGCAGAUGUUGGAAGCAGGCGGUAGGAUACAAUUCGAAACGUGGAACUGA